AUUAAUAUCGAGUGUGUUAAGUUGUAUGAUAGAGGCAAGUUAGCACGCCAAGUAUAGAGCAGUACAGAAAAGAGUAAUAAUCAUCAAAAAUGCCGAGUCAAGAAGUCCUUACAACAAAAGUUGUGGUCCAUCCACUGGUAUUAUUAAGUGUCGUGGACCAUUUUACUCGUAUGGGAAAAAUAGGUAAUCAAAAACGUGUCGUUGGUGUUUUACUUGGAUCUUGGCGAGCUAAGGGUGUAUUAGACGUGUCAAACAGUUUUGCAGUUCCUUUUGACGAGGAUGACAAGGAUAAAUCAGUAUGGUUUCUUGACCAUGACUACCUUGAGAAUAUGUUUGGAAUGUUCAAAAAAGUUAAUGCUCGUGAAAAAGUCGUUGGAUGGUAUCAUACAGGUCCCAAACUUCAUCAAAAUGACGUAGCAAUAAAUGAAUUGAUAAGGAGAUAUUGUCCUAAUUCGGUUCUUGUUAUUAUUGAUGCUAAACCAAAGGAUCUUGGUCUUCCUACUGAGGCAUAUCAAGCUAUUGAAGAAGUUCAUGAUGAUGGGUCACCAACAUCAAAGACUUUUGAGCAUAUCCCGAGUGAAAUAGGUGCUGAAGAAGCUGAAGAAGUUGGUGUAGAGCAUUUACUAAGAGAUAUCAAAGAUACAACAGUUGGUACAUUAAGUCAGAGAAUUACUAAUCAAUUACUUGGGCUCAAGGGAAUUCAUGCUCAACUUCGGGAAAUUAGGGAUUACUUGCUACAAGUUGGCAGUGGAAAGCUUCCAAUAAACCAUCAAAUAGUCUAUCAACUCCAAGAUAUAUUUAAUUUACUCCCUGACAUGACUCAAAAUACUUUUGUGGACUCAUUAUAUGUAAAAACUAAUGAUCAAAUGUUAGUAGUGUACUUAGCAGCUCUUGUAAGGUCUAUAAUUGCUCUACACAACCUUAUAAAUAACAAAUUAACAAAUCGUGAUGCUGAGAAAAAGGAAACGGAUAAAAAAUCCGAUACCAAGAAGGAAGAAAAAAAAGAAGAAGAAAAGAAAGAAGAGAAAGAUAAAUCUAAAGCUAAGUGAUGAACCAGAGACUUGAUUAAUUAAAAAAAAAAAAAAAAAACAAGUGAAGAUUCUUCGUGUGAUUAAUUAUCGUAAAAAAAGGUAACUAUGUUGGUCACCAUUGCAUUUAUGUAAAUUAAAUUGAAAUUUAAAAAUGCAUCAUAGUAAAUAUUUUAAAUGUAAGCCAUGACCACUUGGAAAAAAAUUUAAAAAACGAAAGAAAAAUACGAUUAAUCUUCAAUUGAACUGAGUACUAGUUCUUUGUACAUUUACAAAUGUUUUUUUUUAACUACAAACAUCAAACCGUCAGCUACAAAGUUAAUAAUAAUAAUAAUAAUAACAACGUCA